AUGAGCGCCUCGCCAGCAGGCGGACCUACGGGGCCGAGCUCGACAACACCAUCAGCUGGCGGUCCAGCACCUGUCGCGCGAAAAAAGCCCAACGUGAGCAUCUUCACGCCCAAGCGGAAACCCGUCGUGAAGAAGCCCGCGCCAGGCCAGAGUGGUGGAACGCAGUCACAACCCAUAAAUGGCGCUGCCACUGGUCAACAGCAGGCAGCUAAUGGUGUGAAGCAGGAACCGGCAGUUAAGGACUACUCGGAGUAUCCCAUCUACGUGUCGAAGAACAUGAUCGAUGAGGGACUGCACUACCACACCAUGAAGCUCAAGAGCAGAGAGGACAAGACCAUCAAUCCCUACGAUGUCUCGCAGUUUCCGCGUCCUGUCCGUCUUCACCGUCGCAUGGCACGCGACAAGAGGGCAUUGGGAGAGCAGUUGGAGGCUGCAUCUGGCGUGGACGACAAAGAGCGUGAGUUGAUGAGCGCCAAGCGCGCGGAGCGUCAAGCGGAGAGGGAGGCCAACCAGGCACUUAUUGCGCCGACUGGAGGUGAUGCGAAGAAGUCUACGAAGAAGAAGCCACAGAAGAAGGUGGAAGAUGUCUACUACGACGAGAACAACCCAAAGCAUCGAGCGAGAGCCCAGCUUCGAUACGAAGAAGCACGCCCAUGGCAUUUGGAAGACUUUGAGAGCAAGAAUAUAUGGGUUGGGAGCUACGAGGAGCCACUGGCAGACAGAAGCGUCAUGUUUGAGAUAGGCACCGAGGGUUUUCGCAUGGUGCCAGUGGAGAAGUGGUACACAUUUACUCAGACAAAUCGGUUCGAGGUGAUGGAUUCUGAUGCGGUGGAGAAGCACAUGGGGCAGAAGCUCAAGGCGCCGCGGUGGUUCUUGGGCACUCAGAUGGCGAAUGAUGAGGCGCGGAAACAGGCUGCGUAUCAAGCACGCGAGCAACAACGUAUCAAGAGACGCGGGUCAGAAGAUGAGGAGAUGCCAAUCAAGCGGGAGGAGUACCAAGCCGAUGUGGACGAGAUCGACUUCGAGUUUGAAGGCGAGUUUCAAGACGACGACGAGGGCAUGAUCUAUGGUGAUCAAGACGAGGACGCCAAAGAGAUCGAGAGAAGGAUCCGGGAGGAGAUGCGUUCAGCCAAUCUUGCUGGUUCGGGGCUGAAGGAUAUCGACAAGGACUACGAUGAGGAGGAGGCUGAAGAGAAGAGGAAGGAGCAGGAGAGGAAGCGCAAGCAGAAGCGCAUGCGGAAGCAGCUGAUCAAGAAGGAGCGUAAGAAUGAGUACGACUCCGAUUCGGACCGGGGUGAGUUCUCCGAGAGUGAAGAGAGCGAAGAUUCGGAAGAGGAGCGCGAGAGGCUAGAAGAAGAGCGCAAGGCAGAAGAGGCACGGAAGCUGAAUGACGAGAAGUCGGGCGCAUCGACAAAAGGCACGAACACGCCUACUGGAAGGUCGGAGAAGCGAGAUCAGAGCAGGCUUGGUGCAUCGCUCAAGCGGCCAGGCUCGCCCGACCUGUCCGAACUUAGUGGGAACGAGUCGAGUCGGAAGAAGGCGAAGGGCGUAAAUGGCCGCGCGGUGUCUAGUGCUGCGAAUGGUGCUCGCUCGCUGUCACCCGACACAACCAAGCCCAAGCGCGCAUCCGGCUACGGCUCUGGCAGCGACACCGACACCUCCCGCGCUGGCCGCCCCAAAAUCAACCUCAAAUCCGGCGCCGUCGGCUCACCAGUCGAAGGCUCACGCACCGCCUCCCGCGUCGCCUCUCCCUCCCACCCAGCGAGUAGGACUCAGAGCCCGAGUCGCGAGCCUUUCCCCACUCUUGAAGAAGUGCGCGCGGCCAUUCCAGCAACCGGCAUCGACCUGAAGGAACUCGUCCGCGUGUUUAGAGCGCGCGUGGGCAAUGCGAAUCAAGCGGCGUUUAUUGGGCUGGUGAAGCAGGCGGGCAAGCAGGAUCCGGCGAGCAAGAAGAUCGUUCCCAAGGAGGGUCCGAGUUCAGGUGCGACGUACAAUUCUGCUUCCUAG